GCUGCACGUCACGUCCUGUCCCGUCCCAUCCCGUCCCGUCCCGCCUGCUUAUGUGGCAGUUGUGGCUCCCACACAUCUGCUGUACCUCCUGCUCUAAACAUGGAAAAUAUAGAUUCCUAACAACUUUUUGUUAUUCAAACUGGUACCGAUUUAUCAAGUAACUUUCUGCUUCUCGAGAUUGAUAUGAUACCAAUAACGUAUAGCUUUUUAAAAUCUACUUUUCAAUUGUACACCUCAAGGUAAGAUGGACCUCCAGAAAUGAGGAUGAUUAGCCAACUCAUGAAAUAUCAUGACAUGACUACUACCAGGAGAAGCAGAGAAUAGAGGGGUAGGAGUCACCCGCUGUGGCCCAGCAAGGUGUACUGUAUUCGGGCACACGCUCUGAGCAGCCCCUGCGACCCCACGGAAGUCUCCGGUGAAGCCUUUGCAGUUUUCCCAACGCUUCCAUCAUGUCAAGUCAAGUCAAGUUUAUUUAUAUAGCCCUUAAUCACAAAAGAGCCUCAAAGGGCUUAACAAGCAGGCAACAGUAGAAGACAGACAAUAGACGACAAACGACAUCCCCUGAUCUGAACCCCCAUCAGGGCAAGGAAAAACUCAAAACCCAUUAGGGAAAAAGAAACCUUGAGAAGGGACCGCAGAUGGGGGAAUCCCCCUUCUAGGAUGACCAGGCUGCAAUGGAUGUGGAGAGGUUUACAUGUGACAGUUAAAUAUAAACAUAGAGUAUAAUAGUCCAGGUCCAAGAUGUGAUGCCAUUAGGACAGUUGGGCAGCCACGGGUCUUGAGAUGAUCACUAUCCCUCUGCUGCAGCGCCUCCAAGGUAGGCCACGUCCGAUGUCCAGUUUCGUCAAGGCAAACUUCCAAAACAGCCUCUCCUGGACCCCCCCCCCCCCUCAGCCGGGGGGGGGCGGUAUGGGAGAGAGAAGGAGCGGCAGUCAAAACAGGCAGGGAAUAUUAACUAAACGCUAAAGUAUAGAAAUGAGUCUUAAGUCGGGAAAUGAGUGGUUAUUGGAGCUGCUUUAAUGCGAAUUUAUUUAUCAUUAUGAUCUCAUAAUUCCCUCAGAUCGGCCUGAUGAUUACACCCUUAAUAAUAAUAAUAAUAAUUUAGUACAUGUUUGAAUAUGAUUAUUAAUGUAGACGUACAUCAAAGGCGCACGCAAUCUUGCAGCAUGCAGGAUCCAAGUGGACAUUACGAUCUCUUACUUCACAUACUUCACCACUUCAUGUUUGCUAAUCAGGAUGAGAGUUUAAGGUCAGCUGACUGAUGUCAUAUGACAUCUACAAAGUGAUGUUUAUGCCAUCGACUCAAAAAUGCUCAACCGGUAGCUCGCCAUAGACGUGAAGGGCACCCCUGCUUGGGGACGCUUGGCAAGCACGUGCCAUUAGAGACACUUUGGGAAGUGGCUGAGCAGGUGGGUGGAUCCUGCUUUUCCCGUCACCUUGCGUCGCGUCGCGUCACGGUGACGGCAUGUUAAGGCCGCAAACGAUCACUUUUAGAAAUAUGUUCUCUGUUGUGCACAAAAAAAGGGGGUUGGGGGACGUAUUUGUCCCUCGCGACCAAGAAUGUUCCUAUGAAUAAGGCGCCCGACCCCCAGAGAGGCACCCCUUGAAUGUGACUGCAGCCUGUUUUGAUUAGUACUGCUAACGUUUAUGCUACAACAUCGAGUCUGAGUCAGACAGUGUGCCAAAAAGCCCCCCCACCCUCCAACAAAGCCUCCAUGUUCUGGUCUUUGAUGUGCUAAGUAGGAUUUGCGGCGCACGGGGGCGGUGGAGGAUGGGUCUAUCUCCUGCGAGUCGCUGUUGAUGCUUCGCUACGGAGUACAGAGAUGAUGAAGACGUUUUGUCUUUUAGCACCGCCGGAGCUUGUGGAAAGGCGAAAGUGAGCCGUACCGACGUAUUGUACGUCCGGUCAAGGCACCGUACGAGAGAGAGAGAGAGAGUCAUCUUGGAUAUUUUGGGGCCUCUCAAGACGCUCGGGUGCCCUCAUGUUGCCUCUUUAGACAAUCAUGGUUGAACAGUAACUAGCUGUACACGGACUACUCUAAAGGUAACUUGGGCUGACUGCCAGCUGGUGUUAUCAGCUUUCUAUUCUCUGCUCCAAGUUUGACUUUGACCCCCCCCCCCCCCCCCGACGAGCGUCACGUCCAAUGUGGAACGCUGAAAGAGAACAGCGCCAUAAUUAGAGCGCCGGCGGGCCAGCAGGGAGGCGGCGGCGUGGUCUUUUAUUCCUCACAAUGUCGCCCAGCCACAAAAGGCGGCUGAUAGGCCAAGAGGAAGAAGCGGCGGCAGCGAUAAGUUCGCUCUGGCGUUGGGGUCAAGCCCCGGUUGUUUGUGCGGCGUGCGAGCGAGCGUUCCACGGGGUCGAGCAAACACUGACAAGGCAACGCCGUAGCGCGUCCCAGCCGGCCGUGGAGAGACGUCGCAUGAGGACGCUUGUCCGAGGAGGACAACAUAAGAUGUCACGUGACCUCUCUUAUCUCCGCCGCUUUUAUUGCCUUGUGUUUUUUUCGCUUUUUACAAGCUGGAACUUUGCACGUCCUGUGACGGCGUCCCUGUCCCAAAGGAACCAAAGGUUGUUGACACCGCAGGGGGGGCAUCCCAAUGCCAAAUUCAACACGGGCGUGACAGAAUUCUCGCCGCUGUGCGUCGUGGCGAGUGUGACCGAGCGUCGUCCUGGUCUCUCUGCGUCCUAUCAGAGGCGGGCCAAAGGUGGCGAAGGUGAAGCGGCGAUGAAAUUAGCGAGGCGUGUGGCGGAGUGGAGGAACUGGUGAUCUAAAGCCCAUCACAUCCACUCCCGCUUAAUACGCUGACCCUUCGGAUUCUGUUGGAGGCCGUCCAGACGAGGGCACGGCGACAUCCGAUGAUGAUGCGUCCCCCCCCCCCUCCCCUCGGAAGUGGUAUCUUCCUGCUACAUGAUAUGAAGCAUGCUGAGUGCAGGGAGCAGUUCUGAGACGGCAAACCACGAGUCAGCUGCUCUCAGACGUCGCAGCUGCUGACCCGGAUCGCACUCGCGCAUCCCUCGGGAUCCUCCCGGGAUUACGUCUUUAUCCGCGGGAGGCGCUCGGCCCGGCCUCUGCUGCAGGUCGCAUUGAUGCCGCGGCUGCCCGCAGACGUGCCCGUGCAGGGGAGGCUCACUUCGGAGGAGGUCUGCUGCUGCUGCAGUCGUGGGGGUCGCGUCCCGGUCAAGCCCCACUACCCCCGCUUGUCCUCGACCGCUCCUCAGAAGCACCCGCCGCUCUGGCACGACCCGGACGCCGUAUGGGAUUGUGGCGCUUGGACGUCACUGUCCAACUUUAACGUGCCGCAUUUCUUCGGCGGGGCUCGCCUGCGCCGCUCCAAAAGCUGCAGGACGAGCAACAGGAAAAGUCUCAUCGGAAGCGGGCAGUCGACGGGUCUACCCCGACCGCACUCACCCCUAUCGUCCUUGGCGGGCACCAGUCCACAGGACAGUCCCAGGAACUUCUCUCCCAGUGCCUCCGCUCAUUUCUCCUUCGCACGAAGGAGCGAUGGUCGCCGCUGGUCGCUGGCCUCCCUUCCCUCCUCCGGAUAUGGAACCAACACGCCCAGCUCCACCGUCUCUUCGUCCUGUUCAUCACAGGAGAAGCUGCACCAGCUGCCCUUCCAGCCCACGCCGGACGAGCUGCACUUCCUGUCCAAGCACUUCUGCACCGAGAGCAUCUCCACCGACGAGUGUCGGCGUGCGACGGCCAUGCGCCCGCGCUCGCGCAGCCUCAGCCCCGGCAGGUCUCCGUCCUGUUACGACCACGAGAUCAUCAUGAUGAAUCACGUCUACAAGGAGCGAUUCCCCAAGGCCACCGCCCAGAUGGAGGAGAAGAUCCAGGAGAUCAUCCGCGGGAACUCUCCGGAGAGCGUCCUCCCGCUGGCGGACGGCGUGCUCGGCUUCGCCCACCACCAGAUCAUCGAGCUGGCGCGCGACUGCCUGGAGAAGAGCCGCCUGGACCUCAUUACGUCCAGCUACUUCUGCGAGCUCACCGACAAGCUGGAGAGGCUCGUCCUCGAGUCCACUGAGCGGUCAGAGAGCGAGGAGGUCAACUUCAUCCGAGAUCUGGCCAAGAAGAUCCUCAUCGUCAUAGCUCGACCCGCACGACUGCUGGAAUGUCUGGAGUUUGACCCUGAGGAAUUCUACCAUCUACUGGAGGCGGCGGAGGGGCACGCCAAAGAGGGCCAGGGAAUCAAGACGGACAUCCCUCGUUACAUCAUCAGCCAGCUGGGACUGACGCGGGAUCCUUUAGAAGAGAUGGCGCAGCUGACCAGCUCCGACAGUGGCAUCGCACACACUCCUGAAACGGACGACUGCUGUCAGAGCCUCAGCACGGCGUUGAGGGGCAGACGCAAGCCGUGCGAGCUGGACUUCGAGAUGACUAAACUCAUCAGCAACGGCGCCUACGGUGCCGUCUAUUUGGUUCGCCACAAGGAGAGCAAGCAGCGCUUUGCCAUGAAGAAGAUCAACAAGCAGAACCUGAUCCUGAGGAACCAGAUCCAGCAGGCCUUCGUGGAACGGGAUAUCCUCACCUUCGCCGAGAACCCCUUUGUGGUGUCCAUGUACUGCUCCUUCGAGACACGCCGCCAUCUCUGCAUGGUCAUGGAGUACGUGGAAGGAGGAGACUGCGCCACCCUCCUGAAGAACAUGGGCCCCCUCCCUGUGGACAUGGCCAGGAUGUACUUUGCAGAGACGGUGCUGGCUUUGGAGUAUUUGCACAACUACGGCAUCGUACACAGAGACCUCAAACCUGACAACUUACUGGUAACGUCGAUGGGUCACAUCAAGCUGACCGACUUCGGCCUGUCCAAAGUGGGCCUGAUGAACAUGACCACCAACCUCUACGAGGGACACAUCGAGAAGGACGCCAGAGAGUUUUCUGACAAGCAGGUGUGCGGGACGCCGGAGUACAUCGCCCCAGAGGUGAUCCUGAGGCAAGGCUACGGCAAGCCGGUGGACUGGUGGGCCAUGGGCAUCAUCCUGUACGAGUUCCUGGUGGGCUGCGUGCCUUUCUUUGGCGACACGCCGGAGGAGCUGUUCGGGCAGGUCAUCAGCGACCAGAUCAACUGGCCCGAGGGAGAGGAAGCGCCGCCUCCUGACGCCCAGGAGCUCAUCACUGUGCUGCUCAGACAGAACCCUCUGGAAAGAAUGGGCGCAGGUGGCGCCGGCGAGGUGAAGCAGAACCCCUUCUUCCACAACCUGGACUGGAACGGCCUCUUGCGGCAGAAGGCCGAGUUCAUCCCCCAGCUGGAGUCUGAGGACGACACCAGCUACUUUGACACUCGCUCUGAGCGCUACCACCACCUGGAGACGGAGGAGGACGAUACCAACGAUGAGGACUUCAACGUGGAGCUGCGGCAGUUCUCGUCGUGUUCUCACCGCUUCUCCAAGGUGUACAGCAGUCUGGAUCUGAGUCGCGGACACGUGGAGGAGAAAGGAGACGCUGAGGACAAGAAGCCGGAGAGCCCGCUGACCGUGGAUUCUCUCAGCUGGACUCCAGACCUGACAGAAAUGCCGUCCCUGUCCCACUCCACCGAUGGCGACUCCUCGAACCAGAGUCCUCGUCCCGCACCGCUCCCAAAGUUGGCCGUCUCAGCCGAGAGUGAAGCGGAUGAAUCGUCCGGCUUGGGCGACCCCAGCAAGACUUCUUCCUCCGUCGGAGAGCUGCCGCGAGACGAGCCAGACGCCACCACGCCGGGGAGCACCCGCAGUGGGGCCACGCUGUCAGGAAGCUUCUCUGAACAUCUGGACCAGCUGAUGCCGAGAGGGGAGAGUCCAGACAGGGCAGGGGACCAGGGGACGCUGACUGGCUCCUUGAGGCCAGAGAAGCCCAGAGCGCCCCUGAAGGUCCCCAAGUCCGUCUCCACUGGCGCCCUGUCCCUGAUGAUCCCCUCAGAUUUAUUUGGCGCAUCUCCGCUAGCCAGCCCGCUCUCCCCUUACUCGCUGUCGUCAGAUCCUUCCUCUCGAGACUCCUCCCCCAGCCGAGACUCCUCCUCCCUCUUCGCCAGCGCCGCCCGCCAACCGGUGGUCAUCCACAGCAGCGGCAAGAAGUUUGGCUUCACGCUGAGGGCCAUCCGCGUCUACGCCUGCGACGGCGAUGUCUAUACUGUGUACCACAUGGUGUGGAACGUAGAGGACGGUGGACCAGCGCAGAAGGCCGGACUCAAAGCAGGAGACCUCAUCACGCACGUCAACGGCGAGCCCGUCCACGGUCUGGUCCACAUGGAAGUGGUGGAGCUCCUCGUCAAGAGCGGCAGCAAGGUGUCCAUCUCCACCACGCCCUUCGAGAACACGUCCAUCAAGCGAGGCCCGGCUAGGAAGAACAGCUACAGGAGCAAGAUGGUGCGAUGUGGCAAGAAGGCCAAGAAGGAGAAGACUCCAGAGAGGCGCCGUUCUCUUUUCCGGCGCUUCGCAAUGCAGCCGUCCCCGCUGCUGCACACCAGCCGUAGCUUCACCUCCCUCAACCACUCGCUUUCAUCCGGUGAGAGUCUACCCGGGUCGCCUACCCACAGCCUGUCCCCGCGCUCACCCACCGCCGCCUUCCGCGCCGCCCCCGACUUCGCGCCUUCAGGUGGCAACUCCUCCCAGAGCAGCUCCCCCAGUUCCAGCGCCCCCAACUCUCCCGCGGGCUCGGCCCACAUCCGGCCCAGCACCCUCCACGGCCUGGGCCCCAAGCUGCCAGGGCAGAGGCUCCGCCAGGGGCGCCGCAAGUCUGCCGGGAGCAUUCCUCUGUCUCCACUGGCCCGCACACCGUCGCCCACGCCCCAGCCCCCGUCACCCCAGCGCUCGCCGUCCCCGCUGCUCGGCGGACACUCAGUGUCCAUUUCCAAAAGCACCCAAGCCUUCCCCACCAAGAUACACUCCCCGCCCACCAUCAUCCGCCACAUUGUCCGCCCUAAAAGUGCCGAGCCGCCGCGCUCGCCCCUCCUCAAACGGGUGCAGUCCGAGGAGAAGCUGUCCCCGUCCUACGCCGGAGACAAGAAGCACCUUUGUGCCCGGAAGCACAGCCUGGAGGUUACUCAGGAGGAGGUGCAAGAUCAGGAGGCUGGCGAUGAUGGGGCGCCCAUCGUGGAGGGGAACGCUUGCGAGCCCCCGACGGCGAUCCCGCGUGUGCGUCCUGUGGAGCAGGGCUGCUUGAAGAGGCCGGUGGCCCGCAGGGAUGGGCGGCAGGACUCUGCGGAGGAGGCUGACGAGGCGAAGAGAAGACAAGACUCCCUGCCGGAGUCGGAUUCAUCCGUUUGUGACGAGCGCAAAGCUUGCCCCGAGUCCGCCAGCGUCGCCCUCAUAGACGUCCUCUAUAAGAAACUCAGCAGCCGCGCUUUGGACGGCACCAGUGACUCGUCGGCCGGCAGUGGCGACGGCGAGUGGACGCAUCCUCGACAGGACCUCAAAGCCCCCAACACGGACUUCACCAGGAAGAGGCUCUCAUUUGAGGAGCGAGAAGACUUUGUGUGUCGCCUCUCUCCCGGCAUCCACGACAACCUCCAUUUUGGUCCCUCCAGGUCCAAAAGCCUCCAGCUGGGUGCAGCGUCUCAUGAGCACAUGAAGGCUGCACUGGGCGGCGUCCACUCGGCCCCGGAAGGUCUGGCUCCCAAGAUUUUCUCCGGUCGAGGAGAAAGCGCUGUAGAGAAGCUGCAGCUCAUCUCUUCGGGCGAAUGUCCUCUGAGAAAGACGUCCUCUGACUACAAACUGGAAGGACGCCACAUGUCCUCUCUCAAGCCUCUGGAGGGAACUCUGGAUAUUGGCCUGCUGUCUGGGCCCAGGAUGUCCAAAACGGACUCUUGUUUGUCCAAAAUGGCCGAGUGCAAGAUGGCAUCUCCUCCCGUUUGGCUUCAGAACGCCGCUGAGCGACUGAUGAAAGCUCCAGAGAAACCCAAAAGCCCCCUGAGCUGCCCCCCGAGCACCGACACCUCCCCAAAGAUGUUCCCCAAAGACCUCUCGCUCGCUGAGAAGACCAGACACGACGGCUCUAGCUCGGCGGUGAAACAGGAGAGCAGAACGUGCAUGAAGGUCACGUCAUCCCGACACAGCUCCCACUUCUCCUGUGGGAAGACGCCCUCCAUCCGGGAGGUCAGCAAUGAAGACCAGGAGGAUGAAGACCAGGAGGUACCGGCCGCUGAAAGUCCGGAGUCAUCAGAGAAAUCUGGUCAAGCUGGUUCUGCUGCAAAGAGAGCGCUGCAAACAUCUCACAUGAACUGCUCAGAUGUUGCUGGCACACCGUCAACGUCUGCUUCUGGACCAGAGCUCCAAACAUGCAGCUCAACCUCACCAGCUCAGAACUUUCCAGCUCAUCAAGACCGUGAUGACUCGGCCUUGAAGGACGGGAUUGGCAUCCAAGGAGUUCCAAAGAGAGAACUGUGCAUGGUGUCUCCAGGCAGCGUGCUGGUGUCCAAGGAAGACCGCCCUCUGUCGGACCAUCCGGAAACGGAAGGUCAUUCCGAGAUGGUUCCAGAAGAAAAGAUCCAGCAGGUUCCAGAACACUGGACCCCUGCAAAGCAAGAGGGCAUCACGGUGAGCACCGUAACAUCAGCACGCUCAGCGGCGCCCCAGCUGCCGUUCACGGGGGCCCUGCGGGACCACCACACCCCAGUCGCUAAGGACCUUCCCAAUCCCAAACUCUUACUUCCAGAAUCUUCUGGAGAUGCUCUGAACUCAAAACAGAGUGAUGCUACGUUGCCCUCUGGGGGCGUUCACCUGGAAAACUGUGUGCAGGCUCCGCCCCCCAGCGCCAGGCAAGCGGAACCCAAAUCAGUAGCAGCCAGCCCUCCUGUGGUCAAGGACAGCACAGAAUCCAAGUCCAAAGCCCGGGCGGCACCGCCUCACAAGCCAUCCGGGGGACCGCCCAAACAUAAAGACCCCUCUCCCAAGAAACAGCCCCUGCUCAUGAAGGACUCCAAAGAGUCCAAAGACUCCAAACCUAAACGCACAACGUCACCGCAUACCCAGUCUGGACCUGAGGCGGCAAGCGCCUCAGCGGCCCGCCUCUCCGAGUCCGCAGACACCGCCCCCAGGGGGCUGCCCCACGACAAGGCAUCUAAGCAUGCAGAGAAGAAGAAACAGGAGGCUGCCUCUGCGCCGAGGAGCACCAAACGGGAUGCAUCCCGGGGCGGCGUCACGGACAAAGACCCCGGCAAAGGGAAGACGGCACGGGCGGCUUCCUGUCCCAAAAAGUAACAUUUCAUGCAGACUUUUAUUUUAGCAAGCAUCGUCAUGCCUUUUUUCCUUUGGACGACCGGACAAGCUGUUACGCGUCAUCACCAACGUGGAGGGGCGCCGCCCCCAAGGUGCCAUAAAGCUUUCUUUCCAAUUGCACUCGUCCUUUUAAUGCAGUAGAGCCAUGUUGCGUACGUAGACGCCGCAAGCUACUUCCUGUGCACGCAGCGACAUGGUCACGGCUGGCGCGCCCUCCGACGACCAGCCUGGGUUUUGACCACAUUCCUGGGACGGGCGGGCGGCAGAAAUAAAAACACUCGCGGGCUCACGAGGUGUUGCUUUAUUUGUCUUCUAGUCCUACGCUCACCUGGAGGAGGGAAAAUGUAGCAUUUCCCUGGAAAACCGAGGCUGAGAAUGUGCUUAUUAAUGUCCACGGUGUGCACUACCGAUGCGCUUUUCGGGAAUGAAUGACUCCCCCCACCCCCCUCCCCCUGGGGAGACCCCGCUGGUGGAAAAAGACCUCACAUGACUUCACAGUACCAAGGAGUAUUAGAGACACUGACAAGAAAAAACGUCAGAAAAAUGGCGGAGUUUGGAAAAGUCGAGUUGGAAAGUUCAGAGAAUGAAGUUGCAAUGUUGUGAUUGGGACGCCAUGACAACCAUCGCAUACCAUAAUACGCACCAUCCAUCGUACCGUUACCAUAAUACGCAUCAUCCAUUGUACCGUUACCAUAAUAAUACGCAUCAUCCAUCGUAGCGUGACCGUAAUAUGUAUCGUCCAUCGUACCGUCACCAUAAUACGCAUCAUCCAUUGUACUGUUACCAUAAUAAUACGCAUCAUCCAUCGUAGCGUGACCGUAAUACGCAUCAUCCAUUGUAGCGUGACUGUAAUACGUAUCGUCCAUUGUACCGUUACCAUAAUACGCAUCAUCCAUCGUACCGCAUCAUCCAUCGUACCGUGACCAUCAUACGCAUCGUCCAUUGUACCGUUACCAUCAUACGCAUCGCCCAUUGUACCGUUACCAUCAUACGCAUCGCCCAUCGUACCGUUACCAUAAUACGCAUCAUCCAUCGUACCGUUACCAUAAUACGCAUCGUCCAUCGUACCGUGACCGUAAUACGCCUCGUCCAUCGUACCGUUACAUAAUACGCAUCGUCCAUCGUACCGUUACGUAAUACGCAUCGUCCAUCGUACCCUUACCGUAAUACGCAUCAUCCAUCGUACCGUUACCAUAAUACCAUACCAUUACUAUACCAUCCAUCUUACCUUUUCUUGUUAACCAUUUCUUUUUUUGUCCAUUAAAAAAAAACAUUUUUUUCUUGAAAGAUUGGACUUUUUUCCAGAAAAUUAUUUUUGUAGGAUUCCCUUCCCACUUUGUGUGAAGAACAGAAUUUGUGGUUCUUGGAGAAAGACCUCCCAUAAAAGCAUGUUGGUGUUUUAUUUGUUAACAUGACAUGAAUUGCAAUUUUAUUUUGUCAGUAAAGCAACUUUUUUUUUUAUGAUUUUGCAAUGUUUUAGGAUUGCAACUUUGCUCCCUGAAUUCUUUAUUGUGGCGAAAAGCAUUCUCGUAAGGAUGCGACCUGAAAUACAUUCCUGGUGAAAUGACAAGGUUAUUAUUAUCUGAAGAAUGGCAUCCAAUGGCGAAGCUGACAUGUUUGCUUCUCAUAAUGAUGAAUUAUGAGAAGAAAAAGCGGUAUAAAGGUAUGACAUUCCGAGAGACUGUGGUUGUCAGGGUUGCUAAUACUCCUUGCUUUGAAGUUAUCUUUCAGUUCUGAGGCCUUUUUGUCUUUGUCAACUGAAGCUUCUUCCAGCGUGGAAGCGACUGAUGGUGGAUUUUGUGGUGAUUGUUGAAGAAGAAGAAAAGCACCUUAGAAAUAACGGAGGAAGGCGUGUUGAAGGAACAUUGCUUGUUUGUUUGGCAGGCUUGUACAUUUUGUAUAGCGUCUAUUUUGCCAAAUCUAUGUUGUGUGUCAACUGAUGUUGGUCGUCGUCGUCGUGUGAGCAGGCCGUGACGUCCAAGACCUUUUCCAGAGUUCUCGGGUGUGGUACGGUGUCUCCGGUGUGGUGGUCUUGUUUCCACUGUGCAAACACUAACUAGCGUUAGACGGGGAUGUUUCUUCUUUUUGUCUUUUUAGAAAAUGUGCAAUAAAAAUGUGUGUGUUUUGUUUGUUUGAGUUUUGUAUUUUGCCCAAGAAAAGCUCUAUGGAUGUCAUAGAUGUUGUAUAUUAAAGAAAAGAGAUAUUUAUAUACUUCUAAUGUUGCGUAAUAGUGAGAAUAAAAACAAAUGCUGA